AUGUCGUCGACUUAUAUGGUAUUUCGUUGUGUUUUUACAAUUAUUAACAUGUGCUUUUUCGCAUUAGGCUUUGCGGUUGUUGUUUGCAGUUGGUGGUUACAUAUAAAAUCGGCAGACUAUCGACCGUUAAUGGGAAGUCCAUGGUUUACUGCACCUGUUGUAUUAAUUUUCUCAGCGAAACUUUCGAUGCUACUUGGUGCUGUCGGCUGUGCUGGUGCUUGGUUUGAAAAGAAAGUCUUACUGUUCAUGUAUAUUAUCACGAUGAUUGUUAUCUUCGUGGCAUUACUAUUCGGAGUUGUGUUCGUCAUUGCAUUCAACGAACACGUUGCAAUGUCUGCAAGAAAAGAAUUACUCGAAAAUAUUCGCCACUACCCGGGAGAUGAAGGUGCCGAUGAGAAUAACGCUCGUAAAACAAUGAAUUCAAUUCAGAAACGACUUCGUUGUUGUGGUGUUGAUCAAUAUCAAGAUUGGUUCAAUGCCAAAGUUUGGACUGGUCAGCCUUAUGUGCCAGAUUCAUGUUGUAUUGAAGAAACAAAUGGUUGUGGAAAGCAGAUAGCUGCCAAUGAAACCUAUGGUUUAAUUUAUCUCGAUGGGUGUUUCAAUAUGAUUCAAAUGGAGAUCAAUCGGAAUUUGAUGAUCGUGGGAAUUUUAGCGUUUAUUCUCGUUUUCGUUGAAGUAAGUUAUGAUCCAUUCGUAGCAUCACCAUUUGACUACGUGUGA